GCUGAUAAAAAAUGCUAAACUUCGUACAGCCGUAUUUAGUACAGAGUUACAACCAUUCCAGUUGAUUUUGUUGUUCCGUUCAGUGCAAUUACCAUGAAGUAUUUUCUUUUGACCACCAUUAUGCUGGGCAUACUUAGUUAUGCCACGGCUCUCUCCUGCUACAAAUGCACCAGCGUCGAGGACGGCACUUGCGAUGGCAAACAGCUGGUAGAAUGUGAUGCCGUUAGUGCUGCAUCCGGAAUGGCCUUACUGCUGGCGUUGAAGCCUUCGAUUCAGGUUAUCUCCAGCACCAACUACCAGUGCUACAAAUUGGUUGCCGAACAAAAACAGUCCGACAAUGGAGUGACCAUCAAAUCCUGCAUUUAUGAUUCGAUAGCGGUUUGCGAAGGAGCUCCUACCAAUGCUGAACAAAAGGAAUGCUACACUUGCGCAGAAGAUGAGUGCAAUGGAUCCGGGCGAUUUGGAAUCAGUUUUAUGGUUUUGUUAGGAUUUUUCGCGAUUUCCUGGAUCGUUGGAAAUGAAUAUUGACUAUGAAGUUACGUUGAUUUACGAAAAUAUACAAUUCAAAAGUGAAAUAUGGCCUCAUAA